ACUGCUCAAAAAAACAUUUUUUCUGCCUAUUUUAAUGAUUAUGAAUCCGAUUUGCCAAGUCGAUAUCAAUAGGCCUGAGUGCCAGAAAUGGAUGGUCCAGACAAUGCCCCUGUUGUCUAUAAGGCGGAUGUGGAAGCCAUGACCGUCCUAGAUUGCCAUCGGCUCAAGCGGGCAUUGGGCAAGGAAGUGGCUGAAGAGGAUCAGGAGGGGGAUGAGUUGGAUGACCUGGAUGACCUAGAUGAUCUGGAUGAGGGGGAGGAGGGUCUCGAUCCAGGGAAAUUGGUGGGUCUAUUGCUAGCCCUCUGCGCAAUCGCUUUUCUUUUCGUUCUCUUGUGUCGAAUGAAGCGCCGAAACAUAAAAUUAAAGGAAGUCGAGCUUCCAAAACCGGAACCCCAGGAAGCUCCACCCGUUUUACCCCAAAAAAAGAAAAUAAAUAGAGCCGCCAACUGCAAAAGCUGGAUGCGCAGGAGCUGCAGACCCUUCUUCCUCCACAACGAAUCCCAGGUAAGACAGUACCAAUCCCGUGCCGAAAUGGAGGUGGCUGUACACGAGGAACGCACCCGGCAGAAGAUCGCCAUGUGGACAAAGGCCCGGGAGAGAGAUGCCCAAAAGAAGAGAGAUAAGCUCCAAAGGAACGUGAACAAGGCUACCAAAACAUGAUGUCUUUUAUUUUU